CGGAAACAGCAUUCCCUGAAAUCACGCUGAGGACGCUCAGAAACAGAAUCGCACCAACCUACAUGUGAGAGCUCAACAAGACUUUAUGGAUCUGUUUGAUCGAUGCAGCGUGCUGGUUUUCUACACAGCUGCUGUCUUUGUCCUGAUACACUCAUGUAGAGGUCAGUCAGAGGUUAUCGGUCCUCUUCAGCCAGUAGUGGCUUUGAUUGGUGAUGACAUCAUUUUGCCGUGUAACCUGGACCCUGUUAUGAAUGCUUUGGACAUGGCUGUGGAGUGGGCGAGACUUGACCUAAACCCCAGAUUUGUCCUCGUGUGGCGUGACGGUGUGGAACUGGAGUCUAAAAAACAUCCGUCCUACACCAACAGAACGUCUCUGUUCACAGACGAACUGAAGAAUGGAAACAUUUCACUGAAAAUCUCCAAAGUCAAACUGUCUGAUGAGGGAACGUACAAAUGUUUUGUUCCAGAACUGAAAAGACAAACUACAGUUAAGCUUGUUGUUGGUGCUGCCUCUUCACCUGCUGCAGAGAUUAACAAAACCAGCAGCAGGGUGGUGUUACAGUGUGAGUCUGCAGGCUGGUAUCCAGAGCCUGAGCUGCUGUGGUUGGACGGUGAGGGAAACCUCCUCUCUGCUGGACCUACAGAGACCCUCAGAGGUCCUGAUGACCUCUAUACUGUCAGCAGCAGAGUGACUGUGGAGAAGAGACACAGCAACAACAUCACCUGCAGAGUCCAACAGAGGAACACCAACCAGAGCAGAGAGACACACAUACAUGUUCCAGAUGACUUUUUUGUGGUCAUCGGUCCUUCCAGUCCUCCCAGUAAUCCAACUAAUGACCCAAAUAUAAAUAAUAUCGGUUUGGUCAUUGGUGUUCUUGUUGUGCUCUUUCUGAUUCUUGCUGUUAUCUUUGUUGUGUGGAAGAAGAGACAAGCCAAACUCAAAAACAAGAAGAGCGAGGAGGAAGGAGCUGAAACCGGGAUUGAUGGAGAAAGUGCACCACUAAUGACAGGAAGAGAAGAAGAGAAUGAUGUGGCCAGCAAAAAAGAGCAAAGACAUGAAGAUGGAAUAGAAACUAAAAAAGAUGAGUUUGUUUCAGAAACAGAGCAAAUGAAGGACAUCAACAGUCCACAAAAUAGUACAAUAAAUCCAUCUACUGUUAUUGGUAAAGAGUCUUUGAUUAAGAUAGAACAAGAAACACAGGACAUGACAGGGAGAGAGGAAGAAGGUAACGUGGACAACAGUGGGGAGAAAAACAUACAAAAGAAAAAGAAACAGAGCAAAGAAGUGGACACCGACAGUUCAGGAACAAAAACAUGUAUUGUGACUGAAACAGAUCCUCAGUUUGAAAUGAAACAAGAAACACAUGAAGAAGAGGAGGUGACAGGGAGAGGAAUGAAAGCUGAGGGGGCUGAAAGUGAAAGAGAGAAAACGGUGGUGCCAGAAAAAGGUUGUAUAGAUUUAUUACCACCUAAAGAAAAACCUAAAGAGCCAAUAGUGUUUGUAAAAGAAGGAAAGACAUUUAAACGUAGUUCCUUUACUGAAUUGAUUGAAGAGCUAAAGUCUUUAACAUCACAUCUGAGCAUUGAUCAGGAACCAUGGAGAGAAAAAGAGACACAAGAGCAGCUUGUAGAAAAAAGACAGAUGGAGAGAAAUGUGGACACGAAAAAGUCAGACACUGAGAAACAGAGAGCAGAGGAAAACAGUGAUGAAGUAAAUCUAAAUUCUGAGGUUAUGGCACAGAAGGAGACAGAGGGAGAAAAACUGGAGGCAGAACAACAUAGAGAGGAAAACCAGAGACUUCAAUCAGAGACACGAAGGGAAAGAGAGAAAGAUGAGACAGAACUGAAAAUAAGGAAAGACAAUAACAACCAACAUCAUACAAAGAAAUUACAAGAAAUAAGUGAAGAAGAAUCUCAAAAUGCUGCAACAUCACAAUUUGAAACUAUUCAAUGGACAAACAAUCAGCAGAUACUGCCAGUUCAAACAGAACCACAAGGUUCUGAAAGUGAUGAAGAUCUUUAGGUUGGUUAACAUUUAGGACUUCAGUUUUCACCAUUUCCAAAAGAACUCAAGAACAGCCAGUGUGAUUAGGAGAAUCAAAGCCCUUUGAUUUCUCUUCAUAUUUUUAUAUUUAUAAUCUCAUCAGAACCCAUAGAAAGGAAGAAGAGAUACAAGGAAACCAGUUCAUCGAAAAAAGGAGAAAAUCUGAAGAAAAACAGCGAUUGUGUGAUGGAGGAUGGAGGAGAAAUUCUGUGAAAUAUACCUCACAGAACCAGGAUGGAGUUUCAGCCUGUUCAAGAAUCUGUAUUAUCAACACACAUGAGUACCACAGAAAGUUUAGGAGCUAUCUAACUUUAAAUAACUUCAAUUUCCUUUGUUUCUGUUCAUAAUGACUCUAAUGUGGUAUUAUUAAUUUAUUUUUACCAGUGACUGACAAACACGGCCAGGGAAAAGUCAUGACACAUCACUAAAUGUCGAGAAUGAAAUUGUUAAACCAUUUUCACCAUAAAAUAUUAAUCUGGUGAAGUGUCCUGUUUUUAAAUCAAAAUACAACCUUACAACCUGAACCUAUCCAAGAAGAUUUUAAAACCUAAAUCUAACUAAGUGGCUUUUAAUGCUUAAACCUUUGAGAAAAAACAAAGUUGAAAAUGCAGAAUGUUGAUGCAGAAAGAUGAUAUUGCACCUGAGAAAAGCUCCUAACAGAAAGGAAAUAUUAAUGCAGAUAGCUAUUGAACAUGAGUAAUGUUCAGUAUAAGGCACUCAUCUUAUCUGUUCCCCUGAGGGUAUUCAUCCCUUUAGUCACAUCACUAUUUCACAGAUAAGUCCAGGUGAGAUUAGACAUAUAAAGUCUAUGAUUUAAACUAUACACAUUGUUCAGUUUAUUUUUGUGACGACAGUAAUUAUAGCUUGAACCAAGAAUAACUGCUCAAAAUUGCUUUGAGUAUCCUGCUUUCCUGAAUGUCCAUCAUGGUUGAAAAUUAUCAUAUUUUUAUAUGUAUGUGUAGUUUUAAUUUGCAUGUCAGAAUGUUGUUUGUCUGCUGUCUUGGGAUUAGUCCUGCAUGUCCUGCUUUCAUUUGUUUUAGUGGCAUGGCCCUACACAUGUAAAUAUACAGUGCUGAUCUGCUCACCUGUCUUUGAUCCCAAAUGAAAUAUUUUAGUGAAC